AAAUUGUAACUAAUAAUAAUGAAUCAGAUUUAAAAGUAGACUAUAAAGAAGAUAACAAUACAAAACUUAAUGAAAAAAUUGUGAUUGAUAAUGAUAAAUUAGAUCUAGAAAGAGAUUAUGAAGAAGAUAAUGAAUUUACCUAUUUAUUAGCUAUAAACCAGAUCUUUGAAUUUUAG